AUGGCCUCUUCAUCUUCCAAUGUCGUCGGUGUCCACUAUCGGGUGGGCAAGAAGAUCGGCGAGGGGUCCUUUGGUGUUAUCUUUGAGGGAACAAACCUGUUGAACAAUCAACAAGUGGCUAUUAAAUUCGAGCCUCGAAAGAGCGAUGCACCACAAUUACGAGAUGAGUAUCGGACAUAUAAAAUCCUGGUUGGCUGCCCUGGCAUCCCUAAUGUCUAUUACUUCGGCCAGGAGGGUCUUCACAAUAUCCUUGUCAUUGAUCUUCUCGGCCCUUCCCUUGAGGAUCUCUUUGAUCACUGUAACAGAAGGUUCACGAUCAAAACCGUUGUCAUGGUAGCGAAGCAAAUGCUCUCGAGAGUUCAAACCAUCCACGAGAAGAAUUUGAUCUACCGCGACAUCAAGCCCGACAACUUCCUCAUCGGUCGGCCGGGGACGAAGGCUGCUAAUGUAAUUCAUGUGGUGGAUUUUGGCAUGGUGAAACAGUACCGGGAUCCGAAGACGAAGCAGCACAUUCCCUAUCGCGAACGGAAGUCGCUCUCUGGCACGGCCCGAUAUAUGAGCAUCAACACGCAUUUGGGACGUGAGCAAUCGAGACGCGAUGAUCUUGAGGCUCUGGGUCAUGUUUUCAUGUAUUUCCUACGAGGUGGAUUACCGUGGCAAGGCCUGAAGGCUGCAACCAACAAGCAGAAGUACGAGAAGAUUGGCGAGAAGAAGCAGACCACCGCGAUCAAAGAUUUGUGUGAUGCUUUCCCCGAAGAGUUCAACAAGUAUCUGAGCUACGUUCGAAACCUUGGCUUUGAGGAUACGCCCGAUUAUGACUAUCUUCGGGAUCUCUUCACGCAGGCAUUGAAGAAUACAGGCGAGGUCGAGGAUGGCGAAUAUGACUGGAUGAAGCUCAACAAUGGCAAGGGCUGGGAGGCGACGAAGCAACAUCCAGGUCAGCACAUGCUGCAUCAACAAAAUGCCGUACCAGGAGCAUCAGCAAGGGAACUACACGGACAAUCACGAGGAGGAAAUAGCACGCCAGGUCACCUCACUGCCGCCCGUUUAAACGCCGCGCAACCCCCGCCCCCGUCCCCGAUCAAGCCGGGGAUGGGCAAAUCGCGCGAUCGACCAAACGCCCAAGGCGGGUUGGUCCCAAAACGCAGCAGCGGAGCGGCGGGGGGGCUCCAAGACGUCGCUACUCCCGCAGGCUCAACCCAGGCCCAAUUCCAGAACAGCUCGAACAAUCUCCCCCAGAGAAUGACGCCUCAGCCAGCCAUGGCGGCCCAAGCACAGAACGGAAGAAGCCAGGAACCAGAGCUAUCGGGUUUCCAGAAACUAAUGAAGACGUUAUGCUGCGGAUGA